AUGCCAACGAUCGACCGCAGGAAGAUCGAAGGAUGGUUCCUAAGUCUUGAUUAUUGGUUCCUUGCAAUGGGUAUCAAAAGCGAUACCCAGAAAUUCCACACGGUGGUGACAGCUCUCGGUCCACGUACACUGCAAGAUUUCCUAGCCACGUUAGGAGAAGUGCCUGACCAGGGUCGAUAUGAAUUCGUCAAACAGCGACUAAUAACCUUCUGCACCAACAGCCAGCAGGGACGCUUAAAUCAAGUGCUGAACGAAACCCAGUUGGGUGAUCAAAGGCCUAGUCAGUUGUUUACGGAAAUGAUGCGGCUAGUCGGCGAUACAAUGAGAGAAUCAGCGGUAAAGAAUCUGUGGGCAAAACGUCUACCAGUUUAUGCUCAAGCUGCUGCAGCUGCGUACUCAGGCCCACGGAAGAAUACCUAA